UCGGGCGUUCGUCACUUCCGCUGAUUUCAACACCGCGCCACCGGUCAUCUCGAUAAAUAAGUGCUGUUGGUACUUCUUUGUUUGUCUUCAUCUCCGGCUUUAUACCUCAACGACACGAUGUCCGACAAGAUGAACAUGUCCCUGGAUGACAUUAUCAAGAUGAACAAGAAGGGAGGCCGCGGAGGAGGGCCGUCCGGGCGGGCUGGAAGUUCAGGUCGAGCUGGUGGAUCGUCGAGGCCGGUGCGGAGCCGACAGAGUAACUUCAACCGGGACAGAAACAACAGAUCCGCGCCGUAUACCAGGCCCAGAGAGCUGCCAGACAAAUGGCAGCAUGACAUGUUCGAAGACUACGCUGGUGGACACAGAGGACAGACUGCAGCACCAGAAAGAAGUGUAGAAAGUAGUGGCAAACUGCUGGUUUCCAAUUUGGAUUUUGGCGUCUCUGAUUCAGAUAUCAAGGAGCUGUUUGCAGAGUUCGGGGCAUUAAAGAAAGCAUCAGUCCACUAUGAUCGCUCUGGUCGCAGUAAAGGAACUGCGGACGUCCACUUUGAAACCAAAGCAGACGCACUGAAAGCCAUGAAGCACUACAACGGCGUCCCACUAGAUGGUCGACCGAUGAAAAUACAGCAAGUGACUUCCGAGUUCAGCCCACCGAGUCGACAGAGUUCAAACAGUGGCUUCGACCGGAGCAGGCUCGGUCAGCCCAAGUUUGAAAGGAGGCAGGGUGGCGGCGGCGGUGGAGGUGGUGGAGGCUUCAGAGGUCGUGGGAGGGGCGGUCGAAACGGACCCCAACUCUCUGCAGAGGAGCUGGAUGCACAGUUGGAUGCUUAUAAUGCCAAGUUUCAGAUGGACACCAGUUAAAAGGACUCAGAACAGAUGCUGCUUCUUUCCCUUUGUUUUUUUCUUUAUAAUUCUCAUUAAAUGUGAUGAAUCUGACUUUAUUAUUACACUUGUGUUUUGAAGUCAUUUUAUUGUAUGGACCAUCGUUAUUCUCAUUGUAAAUUUUGCUGUAUUUUUCUAACCAUGUUUUCUGAGGCAGAAUUCUUUUUAUUUAUAUAGACAAUUGCCUUACAGCUGCAAUGUGAUUACCUGGUGAUUGAUUUAAAAAAUGUAAACAUGUUUCAAUGACAGGCUGUCAAAUGUGAUGUUAAAAUGAUAAAUGUUGACAUACAUUUUUUUUUUUCCCUGUCACUUUGUACCGUAUGCUUGACAUAUGGACAUGUUUAAAGGGUUUUGUACAUAAAUAUAUCAAAUCAUCUUUGGAAAA